AUUUUUGCGAUCGUUCCCUCUCUUCGGUCUUUUGUCCAUUUACUGGCGCUCAGCGUGUCCAUGGCCUCUCAGAACGUCGAAGACAAUGAGGUGAUAGAAUCUCGCCCCCGCAAAAGGGUUCGCAACAACACAAAACGCAAACGUGCGACGAGUCCCAUUCACCCGCCCAGAGUGCCUCUAUUAUUUGCGCCGUUCCGCGCUCUCGGGCUAAUCACAAACCAUAUACCGUUUUAUAUGCAAACCCGUUCUUACAAGGAUGCAACUGAUGGGCCCCGGAUACACAUUUUGACCUGUCUCGGCAGAUCCUGGGCGUUAUGGGAGGGGGGUAAGAUGGGCCUGUUAUUUGUGGGCCCGGAAGUCCAAGACCCUAUUUCGUGUCUAGUUAUGGAUGGAGAUGCUGUUUGGGCAGCAUCGGGCGUACAUGUGAUCAAAUAUCUCCGAGGCAAAGAAGUUUCACGCGUGUCGAAUCCACUCCGGACCCCCUUAGCAUUUGUUAUACUAUUUGGCUCUCAGUUGCUUGCAUUGACGGAAGAUGGUGGGCGGAUGCUAAUUUGGGAGAUAUCGACCAAUGAACAAGCCCUCUCCGCAACUAUUCAAUUUGAUAUCGGGUUUACUGCCACAUCGAUUCUCCAUCCUGCCACGUAUCUUAACAAAGUUCUAGUUGCUAGCAAUGAGGGUGAUAUGCAACUUUGGAACAUCCGUACACAGACCUGUAUACACAAAUUUUCUCAUUCUCAAUUGCGCACAUUACCAUCUCAGCAGCAUAUGAGCUCAUUGUCGAGUCCCAUCACAGCGUUAACGCAGUCCCCUGCUAUUGACGUAGUUGGCGUUGGUUUUAUGUCAGGAGAAAUAUCUGUGUACGAUGUUCGUGCUGACGAGCGACUCAUGAGAAUGUACAUGGAUAACGGGGGAAUCAAAGCGUUAUCUUUCCGGAGCGAUGGUCACCCGAUUCUCGCGUCCGCCUCGUCAUCUGGACACAUCGCUCUCUGGGAUUUGGAUUCUGGAGGUCGGCUUCUGCACCUCAUCCGGGGUGCACACGAUGGUGCUGUCAGUGCACUUGAGUGGGUUCCUGGCCAGCCUGUCCUCAUCAGCUCAGGUGAGGAUAAUAGCGUCAAGCAAUGGUUGUACGAAUCCCCCACCGCGGUUCCUCGACUCCUGAAAUUCAGAUCCGGCCAUCAUGCACCCCCACAUCUCAUUCGGUUUUAUGGCGAAGACGGUAAACAAUUGUUAUCUGCGUCAGCAGACCGUACCCUACGGAAUAUUUCUGUUGUUCGAGAUUCGAGGUCAUACGAAAUGUCGCAAGGGUCCCUCGCACGGAAAGCCACAACGCUAUCAAAACCUCUUGCUUCAUUAAAAUUCCCUCCCAUUACCUCCAUCUCUUAUUCGUCGACACGAUCUAAGGACUGGGAUGACGUUCUGACUGCACACGCUGACGAGAUGUGUGUACGGUCUUGGACAGUGCUUAACAAGCGCAUUGGCAAGCACACGUUCAACUCUGCUGAAAGUUCCAAACGGAAGUCUCCCUCAGGGGUUGUAAAGAGUGUCUGCGUUACUGCUUGUGGAAACUUUGGUCUCGCAGGCUCUUCGAUUGGGGAGAUACAUAUGUGGAACAUGCAGUCCGGAUUGAAGCGAAAGUCAUUCAAGGUUGGACCUUGCCCUCAAGCCGUCGUUGAUCGCCUUGAGCCUUCGUCGUCGAUGAAACCAAAAGCCAAUGAGCGCGGCAUUACUGGCCUGGUUUCAGAUGCUCUGAAUCGGGUAGUCAUUGCCACUACUUCAGAUGGCACUGUGAAUUUCUUCGACUUCCACACUUGUACUGUGGAUCAAGUAAUGGUUUUACCAUCUUCAGCUAGUUCGAUGAUGUUGCAGCGAGACUCUGGAUUACUAGCUGUCGUCUGCGAUGACAUGUUUGUUCGCAUCAUUGACAUCGAAACUCGUAGAAUCGUCAGAGAACUAUCGUGUGGCGUCCACGGUCGAAUACUUGACAUUGCAUUCUCGUCAGAUUCGCGCUGGAUAGUGGUCACGUCAUUGGACUCUGUGAUACGGACAUUCGAUAUACCUACUGGUCAGCUGAUUAAUGCGUUCCGCACACCUAGUGUCGCGACGAGCAUUGCGUUUUCGCCGGCAAAUGACUUUUUGGCUACUACACACGUCGACAGCGUCGGCAUUUUCCUUUGGGCAAAUCGGUCACAAUAUUCUGAGGUUGCGUUCCGUGCAAUCUCAGAAGAAAAUAUUUCGGAAGUUGCGCUUCCUUUGAUGCAAGGGUCUGAGGAAGAUGAAGCAUUAGAAGCUUUGGAAGCACUGGGGGUGGAAGAUACGCCCACAGACGUCUUCUCGACGCCUUCUCAAUUAGAUGGAGACCUUGUAACACUAACGCUACUUCCUCGUGCACGUUGGCAGACACUGCUAAAUCUGGAGGUCAUUCAGCAACGGAAUAAACCCAAAGAGCCACCGAAGAAACCCGAACAUGCACCGUUCUUCUUGCCUACGUUGCCGGGCGUCGAGCAUCGUUUUGCGGUUGAGGAGAAGAAGCAAGAGAUGCAGGAUAAUCACACACGUAGACUCGACAAACACGCUGCAAACUCGCAAAGCACAUUACAAAAGCUACUGGUUGAGUCAGACAAAAAUGGUGGCUCGGAUGAUAAAUUAUUUGACUACAUCAAGAGCCUUUCGCCGGCGGCAAUUGAUGUAGAGUUGCGUUCGUUAGUCUCAUUCAACAGCCUCCAACAGUUUCUUCGCGCCAUCAGGCGACGCCUGCAGUCACAUCUUGACUUUGAAGCUGUGCAAGCACUACAAAAUGUCGUUCUGCGAAUCCAUGCAGACAUGAUUAUCGAAAAUGAGGAGCUGCAGGCUGAGCUAGAGGAACUGCUGAAAGUACAGAAGAAAGAGAGUGGGCGAGUGUUGGACUUACUAGCUUCGUCACUUGGCACACUUGGUUUUGUUCGGUCUACACAAUAGACAAUGUACGCAACCAAAAGUACAAUCAAAAUAUACAAAUGGCAGCGAAUUGUACUGCAGUUGACCAAAAAAAGUACUUCAAAGCACGUUACGUCCACAGGAGGAGAUUGAGUUUUUUUAUUUUUACGUAAAUGUGGACUUGCAC